UCCUCAGCAAGAUGGCUGCAUUGCUGCGCGCAAUAGUGGCAUCCUGGUGAAAUGACGCAAGCCACAGUUUACGUUCAGUCCUCGAGGCUCUGAGCUCUCCGGUCUCCAUAGCGCAGAUCCCGCCCGACUCACAGCCCGGAAGACCGACCGGCUAUCCUCCAGUGGACCGAGCGGAACCGGUUCAUCUGAGUGAGAGUGCGAUGAGGAGAGGCUUCAGAGUGUGAGGCCAUGGGCUGCACCUCGGCCAAGCAGGUGUCGGCCGUGCCCAACGAUGAGGAGGGACGCGGCAAGGCCUACAGCAACGGGGACCUCUUCACCGAUGAAUACAAGAUGAAGGGAGUGGAGGAGGUGAAGUACAUGAGAGGGGAUGAAAAUCGGGUGAAUGCACGCAACCAGGAGAACCUGGAGAAGAGUAAUGCGCAGUACAGGGGGAAACAGCAGAAAGAGGUGUCUUCAACAAACAUCAAGUCUAAUAUUCACACGUCAGAGAGCCAGCAGGAAUUUUUCAGGAUGCUGGAUGAGAAGAUUGAGAAGGGGCGAGACUACUGUUCGGAGGAGGAGGAGGAGGAAGAUGGGACAUAGCACAGAGGCCCCCAUGAUUCAGCCCCACAGAGAGCCUCACAGUGUGUGUGUGUGAAUGCGUAUGUGUGUGCUUGUGCGUGCCUGAGAGAGAGAGACAGAGUUGAAUCAGUGUUUUACCAGUGAGGCGUUGAUGUGACGGGACACUGUACGUGUUGGUAUGAGCAUGUGUGUGUUUUUGAACGUAUGGCAAAGAUAGUAUUUUAAUCGAAAGAGAAAGAGUGAGAGAAGUGAGAAAGAGACAGAGAGAGAGAGAGAGAGAGAGAGAAUGGGAUAAAGAACACUUUCCUCAGAGACUCCAGCCCUCCUCUCUUAGCUCCUCACCCCUUCAGGCCCCUGAGCGGACAGAUGGAGGUGGCGGAGCGAUGAAGGGACGGACAGACGAAAGGAGGGAGAGAUGGAGGAGGACGUGAUGAGAAAGGACACAGUCGGUCAAACAGAGUAAUCUCCUCAAGAAGGACAGCAGCAGCCCCUCAUUCCUCCAUCUGUCCCUCUGUGUCUAUCCGUCUGCACCUCCGUGGUCCGAUCCUGAAUAUUCAACCCCUGCAAUUGGACAAAGGAACUCCCAAAUAUGGAAGCCCAGUAAGGACAAAUGUUUCAGUGGGUGUGUGGAGGACUGAGAGACACAAGAAGGCAGGAAGUGCAGGGAGGAGAAGAUGGUGAAGGCAGAGGAGUUACGUAACACCACCAGGAUCCACACUGAACUUUAUGGCCUGCCUACCUACAGCCAGGCCGGUCUGGGCCAUGAGGGACUGAGAGAAUGGGUGAGGGCGGGUGCGGGACGAAAGAGUGAUAAAUUUGUGAUAUUUUAAUAAGAAAGUUUAGGGAGCGAGCUGGUGAUUUAGAAACUCUAAACUCCUCCUGCCUUCUGAAGUCAAGGACCUUUUUUUUUGUUUGUUUUUUAUUCUGUUCCACAGACACUCGUUCAGUUAUUUUUCCCCCUUUUCAAAUGUUCUUUUCUUCAGUUUGUUUUACUCUUGGCUUCCUUCGUAGUGUAUCAUCAUCAUCUUCAUCAAUGUCAUUAUCCUCCUCGUCACCACAGCAAGCAGACUGAAGCUGCGUUAAUUCAGAGCAUCUGUGUCUCAACCCGAUCCAUCCUCCUUCAUAUACCAUGCCACUGCAGAUCCUAUCUGAAACACACACACACACACACACACACACACACACACAGUCUUUUAUUGUACAUAUCGUAGCACACGCUCAUUCCAACACGACCCAGCAUGUACAUAUAAACCACACACACACACACACACACACACACACACACACACACACACACUGUAUCCCUUUCAUUUCACCAGCAGACUGUCAUGUGCAUCAAUCAGAGGUAUUCUGUAAAGCUAUGUUUCUGCUUUGAUUCAGUGUUCACACACACACACACACACAUACACAUCCAUACACACUCUGGCACUUAAGCAGAACAUCAGGGCUGAGCUCAAGGGGAGGAUUCGUGGUUGCCGUGUAGACACAGACCUGAUCACAUAUUUUUUGUUGUCAUCUUUACCGGAUACUUCCUGUUGUAUUAUUUUGAAUACUUUUUUUCUAUUAAAAAUAAAAACGAAGAAGCUCUUAA